AUGGAUAACAACAUCAAUCAUUCUCUGGAUCAGUUACAGCAGCAGCAGCAACAACAACAACAACAACGACAAUCCACAAACAAUAGCAACACUUCCCCAACAAAAUACUCCUCAACCCCUGGCAACACCAACAAUAAUGCUCCGAAAAAACGGUUUAGAAUAAGACAUGCUUUAAGUUGCGCUGUCUGUAGGAAAAGAAAACUGAAGUGUGAUCGGCAAAGACCUUGUGGGACUUGUGUCAAAAAGAGUAUUGUACAUUUAUGUCAUUAUGAGGAUGAUUUACUCAAUAGUCGACCGGUAAACCAUUUUUUACCAGUAGAAUUCCAACAACAUCAACAAGCUCCGGAUAUUCACCAUCCAAUAGACAACCAAAAUGGAUACAUGAUGCAAAACAAUCAUAUACAGCAUCCAAAUAACGGUUUCCCCCCUCCCCCACAUCAUCAUCCAAACCAUCAGGGUCCCCCACCACCCAUGCCAUAUCAUGACCAAUUUCACAACAACUAUCCACCUCCUCCAGCUCAUUUACCUGCACCUCCUAUGAAUCACCAACCUCUUCCGCCACCACCACCUGGUCCACCUGGUCCACCUGGCCAGCAAACAACUUUACCACCACAGGUAAACCACAGCCCAAAUAGAAUGAUGUCUUCACAAAUGUCAAUUCCUACUCCUCCAUUAAUGAAUCGACCUUCCCUAAAUGGAUCAAAUCAUACUAGUCCCGAGAAACAGAGUUCUGGAUCAACAGCCGCAAACAUGGCUCAUUCAAGUUCAAUAAGCUUACCAUUACCCCCUCCACCUCCCGCUCCACAACCACAACCACAACCACAGCCACAAACAAAUGGGCAAAAUCAACUGCAACAACCAACUUCGUCUCAAAAUUUCGAACCAACUCCUUUGAAAUCAAAUUCUACUGGGUCUUCAACUUUCCAAUCUCAUAGUUCAUACAAUUCGGCGACAGGAGCGUCUCCAGCUGGUUCUCUUAACCAGUUUUCACCAUCAUUCCAACGAUUAAAAUCAACUGGUUCCGGUUCAGGUUCAGGUUCCGAGGGUACUUUAUCACCAACUGCUACCACGAUCGUUGUUAACGAUCUUCUCAACCCAUCAAGAUUAAACAACCAUGGGGUUGUUUCAAGUUUGUCAAGUGGUGAUUCACCAGGAGUUUCUAAUAUGUCAUCAUUAGGAAAACAAAACCAACAUCAUAACCCAGGUGCCAGUGCCAAUUCUUCAGCAAUGACAUCUCCAACUACUGGUGGUGAUGCUGAUUCCUUUUAUUCCAACUCAUUAGUGUCAAUCCCAUUAGGUACUAAUUCUUCACUUCAAAUCAAUGCACAGGAUACUAUGGAUGUAUUUACUGACCCAAUUUUUUCAUUGCAUUUAACUGGAAAUGAAUGGCAGCAGGUUGGAACGCUUUCAUAUCUUGGGUUAACUAAAAGUGAUCCAUUCAUAACCAUAUUGAGAAAUUUCCUUGUACAUUUAUUCAAGAGUGACGAGAUAACUAAGGUAAUCCAGGAUGAUGUAUCGAGAAAGAGACGAAAUUCAAAUGGCAGUUUGAUAUCGUACAAGUCGAACCGAACCAGCGACGAUGCUAUGUCUCCGUCGAACAAAAGACCUAAGUUAGAAGGUAGUGGCAGCAGUAAUUUGACCAUGACAGGUAUAUCUCCAUUAAAUUUUAAUUCUACUCCAAUGAAUACAUCCAAUUCGAAUGAUUCAAACAAUCUAGGAACAAAUUUGAAUAUUUCUGAUACUUUUGGAUUGUUAGCAGAAACCAGUAAUAAGAGUACCCCGAUGAACGACGGGUUUUCCCCAAUGAUGGAUAAUAGAUCAGAGCCUUUAAAGAAAAAUUCAGUUCAAGAUUUGACUUCUAUCAAUUCAUUUUAUUCUGGAAAUGGAAAAAACAAGCAAGAAUAUUAUCGCUUUGUCGAGAGCCAGAUUUUGAAGAUUUUACCCGAUAAAACAAACCUGUUUCAGUUAUUUUGUCGUUAUUUCAAGUUUGUUAAUCCAUUCAAUCAAAUAAUUGACGAACAUACAUUGUUAUUGGAAAUCAAUCCUAUCCUUCCAAAGUUUUUAAAAUUUAAUCAUGAACGUUUCUCCGAAGUCCGAAUCAAAAACGAUAAUGAACUAAGAACAUUGGGAAUUUUCUUGGUGCUCUUGAAAUUGGGAUACCAAACCAUGAUUCAUAAUGAUAACGAAUAUAACAAUUACGACGAGAAAGAUCUCAGCAUUAUUGAAGAUAUGGAGAAGCUUGAUACAGAAUCUUUCACUUGUGUUAUCAAUUUAUGUGUCGCUGACGGAUUAACUGCCGCAAAGUCUUCAUUUAAACUAGUGCAACUUUUGACUAUGUUAUAUUACUAUAAAGGAAUGAGUCCAGAUGACUCUCAUGGCUUAUGUGGAGCUGACUCGCAGAUAUUGUUGGGGAUUAUUAUCAGACAUGCAUUUUCAAUUGGGUUGAAUCGUGAUCCAACUAAAUACACCACGUUCCAGAAUUUGACCAAUAAUCCAGUAUUGAUUAGAACUUGGAGACAUCUUUGGUGGUACUUGUCGAUUUCCGAUGCUAUGAGUGCAUUUAAUACUGGUUGCAAUUUGAAUAUUAUGAAUCUUGACGUUUGUGAUGUCGAGUAUCCUCAAUUUAACGAGGAUCCAAGUGGCGAGAUGAACAAAAUAAUGGAAACAUUGAUUCAAAUUUCAAUGAUUUAUCGAAACAUCGUGAACAAGAUUAAUAAUUUGCGUCAGAAACCAAAGGUUGUUGAUAUUUUAAAGGAAACAAAUCAAUUGGAAAGAAUCUUUUUUGACUUUUUUGGAAAAGAUUUUUUCAAAGACGUUAUUUGCAAACCUUCGUCGGCUCCAAGCAACGGAUUUGAACAAACCAGUAAAGAACAUCUUAUGAGUGUUAUUAAAGUUUUCAAGUUUUGUUUGUUUAUACAAUUGCGAACCAAUUUGUCCGGGAUGUAUUAUAAAAUUGCGAUUCAUUAUGAGAAUGAGUAUGAUAGAUCCAAGACUCCUUCAAUGAAAGCAGGUAUUGAAUUGUUCAAGAUAUACAUUAAAAGUGUUGUUCAAUUGGUGUAUAUCAUGUCCUAUGUCUUGGACAAUUCAGUUGAAUUAUUUGGUAAGAAUUUUGAUUGCAUGUUGACUGCAUCGAAUGAAAGGUAUAUGAUCAAGACCCAUUCGUUUUUGACAUCAUUUUUUGUCAGAUUAUUGCACCAGAAGAAAGAGUUGUCGUUCAAAGUGUUCAAAGAGAUCAGUUAUAUGUCGAGAUUAGAAGAUAUCAACAGCCUUUUCGAUAUUGUAUUGGAGAAUGCAGAAGUUUUUGUUGGCAAUUUCAGGAAGUUGUCGAGAACCUAUAUCAAUUCUUACAGAUUGUAUAUCAUGACAUACAUUGUUCUAAGACAAUGUGUGGAUAACGCCGAUGCAUUUUUCGAGAAGGCCGUCAGUGACCAACUGUUUUUCUACCAAGGAACCAAUAUGAUUGAGUUUUUCUCCCCCGUUGAAUUACAGAGGUUAUGUUCCUUAUGUAAAGAGUUUAGAAAUGCCAAGGAACAACAACGGAAGUUGAAGAAUGAAAAGAAAAAGAAACAGAAUGGCGAUUCUGGGGAAUUGUUUGACGAUCCUUUAAAAGAUUUGGAGACAAAAUUGUUUGGAAAUGUCAAUGUGUCAUUCUUUGAUGAUGAGGAUAUUUUCAGUAACCUUAACAAUUUGUCAGACAAGAUAUUGGAUCCCCUUGCUUGUAAAGAUGAUUUGAUUAGAUUGUAUAAUAUUUAUGGUGAUUUUGAUAAUGAAUUAUUAGAAAAGUGA